UGUGCCUUAAAAUGGGAUGAAAUGUAUAUAAAAAGUUAUGAGGAAUAUUCUUUAAAAUUAGAUGAAAUAGAAGGUCUUGUCGAUCUAGGACCUCCAGGUAGAAUAAACGAAAGAGCUAAGUGCGUAUUUGUGCUUUGCCUUGAUAGUUUGAAUGCACAUCAUCCGUGGCGACAACCUUUAGCGUAUUUGUUGAACUUGUUGAAAUGCUUUAAAAUUAAAGGAAAUAGUUGAAUUAGUGAAGAUAUGUUUAGACAAAUUAAAUGAAACAGGUGCUGAUGUGCAACUCAUGACAUGUGAUCAAGGUGUAUACAAUCAAGCUGCGUUUAGUCAACUCGGUGUUGAAGUACAAACACCAUUUUUUAUAUAUAAAAAUAAAAACUAUUAUGCUUCCUUCGACUUCCCGCACUUAAUUAAAAGAUUAGCUAGUUUCCUUAGAACACAUGAUAAGAUAUAUUGCAACGGGGAAAUAAUUGCAUCAUAUUCAGAUUUUAUUAAGACGUGGUGUAUCGAUAAUGCUACAAAAGGAGGCUCAAAUUUAUUAUCCCAUAUAACAGAGGCACACAUUCGUCCAAAUAGUUUUGAAGCAAUGAACGUGAAAAGAGCGUUUCAAUUAUUUAGUAAUAAAUUCGCAGCUGCAAUUAAAAUAGCCGGUGACGAAAAAGAAUUAGAUUCUAAUACAUGGAAAGCUACGGCUGAUUUUGCUGAAUAUAUGAAUAACGUAAUAGAUGCUUGCAAUUCUUAUAUUAAAGUUAAAUUUGGUGGAAAACGGCCAUUAUCCCAAAAAAAUCCUGAUAUUGAAAUACUUUUGACUAAUUUUGUGCAGUGGUGUUCAGGAUGGUCAAAAUUUCCGAAUAAAGUAUUUCAAGUUCCAUGCUUCAAAGGUUUCGUGAUUACAACACAAGCUAUUCUUACUUUGUAUAAGAUACUUUCACGUAAAUAUGAUAAGUUUGAACUUGCAACAGGUUUAUGUAAUCAAGAUUCAGUGAAACAUUUGUUUUCAAAACUUCGACAAUGCGGAAGAUUUAAUCCUAAUCCAACCGCAAGAAUGGUACGACUGUCUGUUAUUCUUUCUAUGGGUUACAUUCUGGCAAGCGAUAAGGGCAACGUUCAAUGUUCUGAAAGAUAUGUAGCACGACGAUGUAUUGAAAAAAAUGAUUGUAACUAUUGUCGUCAAAUAAUGUUAAAAACACCAAUAAAAGAUGUAACAGCUAAUGAAAAAUAUAUCGAAUAUCGGGAAUAUCCUAAUGCGGACGAAGAUGCGCCGAUGGUCACGAAAUUAGUUCGACCAACAAUCUUUUUAUAA